UCUAAACAGAUGCUUCGUGUACUAAUUUUAGCGCGAAUUGUUUUGAAAUAAAAGUAAUAAAAAAAACAGGUAAUGUCGAUGAAAUUUUUUAUAUUCGCGGGUGGGAGAUGGAGGGAAGUGGAUAUGGAAACAGGUGGUGUGAGCGGGUGGCGAAAUCGAGCUCAAUUUGCGUACCAAAGUCGCGGGAAGCUGCGGGUGGCGUCCUCGGAGUCUGUGCUACGAGGAGUCCGCGCCCUGGCAGAUGGACAUCCCUCGUCGGUUCAGGACGGACCACGACUCUCUCAGAUGAGAUGUGAGAAUAGUGAAUAUAAGAAGAUAAUAGAGAGAGAAACAAUGUGUCUGCCGUACUGUCAAUACAGAUGUAAAUGUAUUGAACAUAAGAAGUUAGAGAAGAGGGAGAGAAUGUGUCUGCCAUGCUGUCAACAAGGAUACAAACGUAAUACAAUCCAGCCGAUCUCUCCGCUCCUCGUGUCCAACUACACACAAACCAGCCACCAGGAAGUAACGCUGAACCUGUUGUCUGAGACAGAACACAGGGCGCGUCCUGUGGCGAGGAUGCGUGCACAGAGCUGCUCUAAACAGAUCUCUGUCAAACGAAAACACGUACCCACUUCUAGUGACUCAACCGAAAAUGGGAGAAAAAUACCAAAGAUUGAGGGUUCCAACCCCUGUAGUUACGCUCGUUUGGCGCCCAAGAAGAACCAGCUGAAGUCGCAGCGGGAUAACUCCAAGAGAGCACAUGUUGUAGAUAAAAGCAAAUGUAUGAAACUGCAACAGAAGUCUAUCAGACAAAGCUGUCGUACGACUACUGAGGAAUUCACUGCGAAGAUUACGAGCCGUUCCAACGACCAGCUCACAGACGACGCACAUAGCGAAGAACAGUCGAAUGACUCGGAAACAGUGGGGAGACACAUUGCAACCAUCCUCACACGAAACAGCAGAAGGAAAGCUUCCAAGAUAGACGCAUGUAAGGAGCUGAUCAUCGACCAGUCGGACGUGGAGUUAUUCCGCAACUAUCUACGGAAGCACUGCUCUGACGACGUCGUGACGCAGUUUGAUAACGACCAGACGUACAAGACCCUGCUGUUCUACCGGAUCAACCCCCUCGUAAGUGUUGAGCGCUGCGAGAGGAUACACCGGAUGCUUCAGCGCGCCGAUAACCUGAGUCUAGUAGACUUUGCCUCACAACUCGGCCUGCGAUCCGUUUCCGAGGGCUCGCAGGAAAAUCCCAAACGAUAUAAAACAAGGAACAAUAUCAGAACACCACACAAAGACAUCUGGACAAAGAGUGAAACGGAUAAUUUUACAGACCUGAAACAAUCCAAAAGUAUUAGGAAUCUGACAGAGAGGAUCUUACGUGGAGCUACUUCUGAAAGAAACAACAAUGUGCUGCAUCACCCUGAUACUUGCAACAACGACCAGAGCUCCAGAACAACUAGAAACAGUGCGGGCAUGUUGAGGACAGACAGAGAGAGUAGUGGGCGAGUGAACAAGUUAGACAGAGAUAGUAACAGUAAGGUGGUGAGUAGGGAUAAUAGAGGCAGGUACCGUUGUAUAGUGAACAAGUUGAAACGAAAAAGAGAUACUGCAUGUGUGAACAAGUUGGACAAUCAAUACAACAGUGAAGGAGAGGAUAACAUGGUUAGAAAGACACAUAGUGAAGGAGCGAACAGAGACAGAAAUAGUGGGGGAGCGAACAAGUUAGACAGGGCUAGAAAUAGUGACAAAGUGACAAAAUUCGAUAGUGAUAGGCACAGCAAGGGCGUUCAUAAGCUGGACCCAAAUAGGAGUGGAGGGGAGGAGAACAGAUUGGACAGGCGCAGAGAUCGGGACAAAUCAAAACACAAGUCAAAUGUGGUGGUGUCGGUGAGUAGCGACAGCGAGUCCCAGUUCCAGAGCAAACAGGAGGCGUCGAGGAAGGUGGAUGCGCUGAACCCACACAUUAUAUCCAAGAGGCCGUGUCGUCCCUCGGCCAAGGAGUACUCCACCCUGGAGGACCACGCCAUCGUGUCGUGGCUGAGCCUGGGCAGCCGCAGUCGUCAGGUGAAGGGGAACCGCGUGUGGCGCGACCUGCAGGACUCGUACCUCGCUAUCACCGGCACCAAGAGGACCUGGCACUCGCUGAGGAACCGUUACCUGCGCUACAUCCUGCCCUCCCUCUCGCAGCUGGGGCUGCCGCACUCCCUGACGCAGCGCCUGCGCGCCGCCGCCGCCGCCGGUAGCCUGAAAUCGCGCAACCUCCCGCAGCGCCGGAACUCAUUGUUCGAGGGUCCAGAGGUCCGGGGAGCCUGGAGCCGCCGCCCCGCCCCCACCGCAGUUGCAGAGAAGUCAUCGUCUCCGUCUCCCCCGCCCCCGGGACCUGCCUCCCCCCGCAGCAGCUCCCCGCGCGCCCCCCGCAGGUCGCUGCGUCUGACGUCACCGUCGCCGGAACGCACCAGUUCACGUGUGACGUCACGGGCCUCUCCCUCCCCCCCAACCCGUCGCACCCGCAAGCUGUUCAACCAUAACGUUGCAUUGUGAUAGCGGCGGGGGGCGGGACGGGGUGGCCGGCACUGGACACGUCUAUUUGUCUAUUGAACUUUUGUAAUAAUUUUAUGCAAUGUUUCACGAGAGAGCUAGUGAUUUUUAUUUGCUUCAAAACUAUGACUCUGAGCUGUGUUGCCCUUUUAAAACAUUUAUUAUAAUGAUUUUACAAUCGUGUAACACGUACGUCUGUAUUUUGUAUUCAGUGUAAUAUAUUUGGUUUUUAUUUGAAAUAAAUAAUUAUGUUUAAAAAUCCCUUUUCAUUGUUGCUA